AUGAAGGCCGAAACGAACGUGGAGUCGACUGACUCGUUGACGGUCUCUGCGCCUGGAAAGGUGAUUCUGUUUGGUGAACAUGCAGUCGUGUAUGGCAGGCUGGCCAUUGCGGCGCCCAUUUCGCUGCGUUCAUAUCUGAAAUCAGAUAUCCUGCGAGAGCAAGAUACACCACAAGUCACUCUAUCCAUGCCAGAUCUGGGGAUGCAGCAGACAUGGACCAUUUCCGAGUUGCCCUGGACGGUUGCCAUGAAAGUACGAGACAAGCCAGAAGCAGACCUCGCUACAGCUCUUGAACCGGAUCUGACGAAUGCAAUCUCGUGGUUUCUUUCCAAAACAUCGCCUGAGCUGAAGAAGAAGAAACACCAUUUUGAAGCCCAGCUGGCCUUUUUGUACCUAUACAUGCUGCUCUGCUCCCCCAAUGACAAUAGCUACACAUACACCCUCACCUCGGAAAUUCCCAUCGGCGCAGGACUCGGGAGCAGCGCCAGUGUCUCUGUGUGUAUCAGCACUGCGCUGCUUCUUCGAUCUGGACAUCUCCAAUCUGUCCGCUGUCUAGAAGAUGAAGAAUCCAAACAACAAUCCCUGGACGCCAUCAACCGCUGGGCCUUUGUCGGCGAGAUGUGCAUCCACGGCCGACCCAGCGGGCUGGACAACACCGUCGCCACGAUGGGCAAGGCCAUCUGCUUCUCGCGACCAGGCGGAGGCCAACAGAUGAAAACUGCAGCAUUAGGAACCAUCCCCGAACUGCCUUUAUUGAUCAUCAACUCGAACAUCUCCCGGUCCGGCGCGACGCAAAUCGCCAAAGUGCGAGACGCGCGCGACAGCGAUCCCAAACGCGUCGAUCGUCUCUUCGACACCAUCGACCGGGUGACGCUGCUGGCGAUCAUCAAGUUGACGGAAACCGUUCGCGAUGAAAAGACGCUGGCAACGCUCGUCCACUGCCUGGGCGAGUUGAUCCAGAUCAACCAUCGCAUGCUGGCGGCGUUGGGCGUGUCGCAUGGCCGCCUCGAACGCGUGCGUCAUCUGCUGGAUGGGCGAAAAUUGGCGUAUACUAAGCUGACGGGUGCUGGGGGCGGAGGAUGCACGAUUUCCCUGUUACGAGCAGAGGGCGAGGCGCUCACCGAGACGCUGCAGCAGUUGGAUGAAGAGGGAUAUUCCAGUGUGCUGACCAGUUUUUCAUCCGAGGCUGUGAAGAUAUCCGUGGACGAGAAUGUUGAAUAG